GGAGGCGGCGCGCGUAGAGAUGCCUCGCGGCGGCCGCCCUCGCAGUCACAAGAGGAAAAGGAAUUGGUGUAUAGAGUAUCCAUCCUUUCCAGAAGAGAAGCCACUACAAUGCAGAACAGGUCUCAGGACAGUGGGAGCAGUUGCCUCCCUCUCUGAAGCAUGGCUUAAGUGUGGAGAAGGAUUUCAGGACACUCCUAGGACUCGGACACCAACAACUGAAAAAGUGACUCUUUCAGAAAAGGACCUUGAAUUAGCUCCAAAACCAAAGAAAGAAACUACCACAUCUAAGAAUACCAAUGAGCUUACAGAUAUAACAUGGAGUUCCAGUGGAAGUGAUCUGUCAGAUGAAGACAAAACUCUUCCUAAAUCACAGAGAGAUAAUGAACAUGGCUCUAUAAUAGAUAAGUUCCAUAACAGGAAUAUUUUAUGUCCAGAAGAUGGGGCCAGUGAAGAUGAAUUACAGUUUAUUGACUGGGAGAUUGACAGUGACAAGGAAGAUGCUAGUGAAUAUAAUGAAUGGGAAGAUGGUAAGGGUGCUGUAGAAAUCUCAGAUUGUGCCUCUUGUGCAAGUAGUCAUUCUUUGACAAGUGAUGAGAGACUAUCUGAGCUUCCUAAGCCAAUUUCUGCAGAAAUUUUGGAGUAUUCAUCAGAUAGCAACAAAGAAGAUGACUCAGAAAAUGUCCUAUUCAUUGAUUCAGAAUCCCCUCACAAAUACCACAUGGAAUAUGGUUCUGAUGCAAGACAGGUUAUGGACAGCCUGUUCAACACAAGAGUGAAAUCAACAGAGAGUGUCUUGUGUAUACCCCAGAAGCAGAUAGCUAAGUUUCCCAGGACUCCAGAAAACUCAUCAAAGAAGAAGAAACUUUUAAGAGGCGGGCUAGCAGAAAGACUAACCGGAUUGCAGAACCGAGAGAGAUCUGCCAUUUCUUUGUGGAGACAUGAUUGUGUUUCUUACCAAAAGACAGUUUCAGGUAGAAAAUCUGGUGUAUUAACUGUGAAAAUUCUAGAGCUACACGAGGAAUGCACCAUGCAGGUUGCCAUGUGUGAACAGUUAGUGGGGUCGACAGCUGCUGUUCCUUCCAGGGAUGUGGCUGCAGAGCCUGGAGCCAGCCUGAAAGUUCUCUUUACUCAGGAGACUGCAUGUUACCUCAAGGGAUGUCCCCAGGAUGUUAUCCACAUCUUUCCUCCCUGGCAAAAACUUAUUAUCCCAAAUGGAAGUUGCCCUGUUAUUCUGAAUACUUAUUUCUGUCAGAAAGUUGUUGCCAAAGAAGAUGCAGAAACAACUCACAAACUAUACUGUCAUGACAUACUCCUUCCAAGAAGAAACAUCACUUUGGCACAGAUGUUUAAAAUUAAGGAUCUAUCCAAUAAUUCACCUGAAAGUCAGGUUGUAUGUAGUGACCUGGCCACCACAGGCACAGAAUGGACCAACAGGCACGAAAAGGCAAAGCAGCACUUCACAGCUGAAUCCCCCCUUAGGGAUUCUCUCCUGGAUGUGGUGGAAAGCCAAGGAGCUGCCCCAUGGUCAGGAGUGGGGGUCCAAGUAGUGGUGCAGCGAGUUUACUCACUACCUGGCAGAGAUGGCACCGGAAGCCAGCAGGAUACUAGCUCAGGGCAUGCUGAUCUACCUGGGCCCCGAGUCUGCCUUCUGGUGCAAGAUGCCUAUGGGAUGUUUGGUGAAGUGUACUUAGAAGGUGCCAUGUUGAAGGGCAGACAGUUGGAAGGGAAGUCCUGCAGGCUGGCAGGAAUGAAGGUUCUACAGAAAGCCACCAGAGGAAGGACACCAGGGCUCUUCAGUUUGAUUGAUACCAUAUGGCCCCCAGCAAUACCCCUAAAAGCACCCGGCCAUAGUCAGCCCUGUGAAGAGGUCAAAAGUCACCUGCCUCCUCCUUCCUUCUGUUACGUCCUCUCAGUUCAUCCCAAUCUCGGUCAAAUUGAUAUGAUUGAAGGAGACUCCAUAUCUAAGCUUCACCAGCCUCCAAUUCUCCAUUGCCUAAGAGAUAUUCUCCAGACUGACAAUCUGGGUGCCCGCUGCAGUUUCUAUGCCAGAGUGAUUUAUCAAAGACCACAGCUGAAGAGUCUGCUUCUUUUGGCACAAAAGGAGAUUUGGCUGUUGGUGACUGACAUCACCCUGCAAAUGAAGGAUGGGAAUGACCACCACCUCCCCAAAAUCUUGCCAGUUUGUGUGACCCCCUCAUGUGUCCUGGGUCCAGAAAUCCUAGAAGCACUCUCCACGGCUGCACCUCAUAGCAUCCUCUUCAGGGAUGCUCUCCGAGACCAGGGUCAGAUUGUCUGUGUUGAACGGACUGUCCUGUUGCUUCAAAAACCCUUUUGGUGUAUGGCCUCUGGCGCUGGCUCCUGUGAGCUGACUGGCCCAGUGAUACUGGAUGAACUAGACUCCCUCACACCUGUUAAUUCCAUUUGCAGCGUGCAAGGCACUGUGGUUGGCGUGGAUGAGAACACCGCUUUCUCAUGGCCUACAUGUGACCGGUGUGGCAAUGGGAGAUUGGAACAGAGGCCAGAAGAUGGAGGCACCUUUUUCUGUGGAGAUUGUUGUGAGUUGGUCACAUCUCCUGUUCUCAAGAGGCACCUGCAAGUCUUUCUGGACUGCCCUUCAAGGCCCCAGUGCAGCGUGAAGGUUAAGCUAUUGCAGGGCAGUAUUUCUUCACUGCUGAGGUUUGCUGCCUGUGAGGAUGGGACUUACGAAGUAAAGAGUGUCCUCGGAAAGGAGGUGGGGCUGUUAAGUUGUUUUGUACAGUCCAUAACCACCCACCCAACUAACUUCAUUGGAUUGGAGGAAAUUGAGCUUCUGAGUACAGGAGGAAACUCUGCUGAAGGCCAGCAGUUGCCACUGGAUUUGUGAACUUUGCAAUGUGGCUGCAAGGGUGGGGGUGGGGACUGGGUUUUGUAGUUAUUUGUUAACUAUGGACAGAGUGAAUUAUUUUAUGAUCUUAAAAUGAAACUUACUCGAUUUUUCUGGGACAAAUGUAAGAUGGUUUUGUAAACUAUAAAUCUAAAAGAUCUUUUCUAUGGCUUUUUUAUUAUCUUUCCACAAAUUUAGGAAUGUUUCUAGAGCUUUAAUAAACCUGAGACCUUCGUUUUGUAUAUAUGUUAGGCAAUAACAUUGGACAUAAAUAUGUUGUACAAUUAUAGCUUAAUAGUAUUCAAAAUUUUAUGCUUCGUCAUCUUUUCCUUGUAUGUUUUCAUUUCCCCAAAGAAAAAUACCUUGUGACCUUAAAACUUUGUCCCACAUUGUGAUAUUACUGUUCUGAUACAAUAAAUGUCCAAUCUAAGCA